UGACGGCUUUGACCUGAUAUGACGUGCAUUUUGCACAAACCCUUCUCAUUUGGUAGCUGAUCGUUGUGUAGUGAAACAACAGAGCGCCAUCGUCGCGUGAUCAUCGUAUACCUGUUUCUAUUUUUUUCCCCGUGCGCUCGAGUAUUAGAAAGUGGUAUUAGCAAAAAAGAAACAUGGAAACGCUGUCGGGACUUGUGAAGACAACCCUUCCCAACUAUCUGGCUGGACUGCCGAUUCCUAACACUUUCGGGGGUUGGUUCCGGUUGGGAUUCAAAGAUUGGUUCUCCCUCAUUCCGCCAACUGCCGUUGUGGGUGGUCUCGUGUACAUGUCCUACCUUGCAUUUUGUCCGGAGGCCCGACCGAAGCCAGUGAAGAAAUUCAAUCGCAAGAUCCGAAUGUCAGAGGCCAAAGUUGUGGAUAUGAUUGAUAUUGAGGACAUCGCAGAGAAGGCAGCCUUCUGCCGUUGCUGGAAAUCCAACAAUUGGCCAUACUGCGAUGGAUCGCACGGAUCUCACAACAAGGAAUGUGAGGAUAAUCUCGGCCCAGUGGUUCUUCAGCGCAAAAAGAACUAAGCAAACUUAAUAAGUGCUUUCGUACAUGUGUAAUCCUCAUCGAAAUAGCACCCGGAUGCUAUCCACAUUUAUAUUAUUAAUAAUUAUGAAUAAACUUAGAAAGGUAAAAGGGCAAUAAGGAAAAUUCUUGAACCAACUCAUCGUUUCAUUUUUAAACAAAAGCUAAUAAAAACAUAAUAAACAUAGUAAGUUCGCAAUAGGAAUUUGAAAAUAGACGGUGAUAACACAGGGUCCUUAAAAUCGUGUAACUCAUACAGAUUCGGUUAAUAAAACCAUAGUGAUCUGUUAUCAAUUCUCCAACAUUAUUAAGAAUGAUAGACUGCUCGAAUGGUGCUUUAAAUUUGAAAUCAAUCAACUGCCGUAUGUUGUAAACAUUCGAAAACGAAAAUAAAUUGGACGCAUAGAGUUGUUAUAAAUUAAA